AUGGAAUCUUCACAGAAUGACGAAUCUACGUUGAUGCUCCUACAAGGCAUUUGUACUGAGGCGAACCCCGAGGUAGAAGGGGAAGACGAAGCCUACGCUUCAAUCCACCCGUGUGGAUCAGCCCACCAGUGCCUUCUCGUCAAGUGCCAGACAAGUAUGAAUAAACCCGCACAGGGAAAGGCAGCCGGGGAGAGCGGCAAGCCUGGCCCCAGUGGCCAAAGCGGCUUACCUAAGAAGGAGAGGCAAAAAAUAAAGCCAAUCCAAGUCAGGCGAAGCUUGAAGGACAUCCUAGUGAACGAGAAUCCCAGUCAGCUCAUCCUUAAUUAUAGCGGGAAAAAAAUAGCAAGCGCUUUUCCUGACGAGGAUGUGCAGAAGCAGGAUAUUUUAAGUGAGUCCCACACGGAAGAACCCACAAAUGGUGAAGACAAAAGAAAAAAAGGAGGAAAUGUUGAAAGACUCUUUAGCACAGAAGCAAUCGAUAGCCACCAGAAAAUGAUGAUGGAAGAAUUGAAAGAGCUCCUAAGCAAAGAAGACUUAACUGAUGAAAUGAAAAAUAAUAUUAAAUCCCUCUAUAUAGAAGUGCAGGAAAUUUAUAUGGAAAUAAAAAACGACUUAAAAAAAAAUUGUCCCUCAUCGGAGGAUAUUCUAAACUUGUAUCGAUCUGACGACAUCAACAGGAAGAGUAAAAAUGCCAUUUGGAAAAAAUUUUGUUUUUACAAACUUCUAGGGGAUCAGAUGAGCGAUAUUCACAUUUGCACGAUUUCAUCCUAUCGGUUACAAUAUUUGAAAACCAUUUAUAAGUGGUACUGUAAGAAUAAGCGUGUUUUGUUUGGUGCUCGGUGUGGUCAUCGCUCUGGGGCGGGAGGGUCCUGUGCUCGCGGCGAUGACACGACCACGGAAGACACGAGUAGUAGUGUUACCACGGAUGGUGACAUGUGCGAAGAUGAUACCUCCAAUGGUGAUGCUACCAAGGAUGAUUCUACCAAAGAGCUGAUCGGUGUGCAGAAGCAGAUCGAGGAGGGGGCGGUGGACGGGAGCGAGCCAGUUGAGGCAACUGCCCCCGCCGACGCAGUGACGUGUGCGGAGGGGGAAACAUCCCAAACUGAGGAUGGCUCAUCGCCGCCAAGGGGAGAAGCAAAUGGGGUGAAGAAGGAGGAGGGCGAAGAAGGGGGUGACACAGGACACUAUGGGAGGGAAAACUCCGACCAGUUCGAUGAUCUUCUCACAAGGCACAUGCAAGAAAUAAAGAAACCUGGUGGUGAGGGGGACAAGAGAGAAGUAGAUUGGAGCCACCAACAGAAGGAAGAAGAGCAAAACAAACCAAGAGAUAACAUUCUAGCGAGUUAUAUAUUUCCAAAUUCGCUUUUUGAAAAGGGCGAAAACGGUACACCCGACAUGGAGGCAGACAAACCAUGUGACAAUGGAGACAGGAAAAAUGCCAUCGAGUUGGACUGCACCGUGGGGGAGGACCUGCUGCCGACCCAGAUUGACACAAAGAGGAUCCUGGAGUUGGAGGAAGAAAUUAAACGACAGAAGCUUCUAAUCAAGGAGAAGGAAAUUGAAAUAAUUAAUUCUCCAAUUGGGAUCAAAUUUAAGGACAUCUUUGGAAACUUCCAGGACAUUGAUAUAAACGAGUAA